UCGGUGCUUUGUUUUUAUACUAGUCAUAUAUUUUGAUGAAUAUGAAUUUCGAGAAAGAUGAACAGAUCAGAGAGACAGACACCGAGAAAGACGUUUCCUGAUUUUUCUGAACAUUUCUCGUCACUAUGACCUUAGCAAGGAGCUUUUAGUCUUUUCAUGGAUGAUACCAUGGCUUACUCCUCUGCAGUAUUCAAGUCAGAGAAUGAGGAUCUAAGAACUGCACAAAUGAGAAAAAUAACUCUUUUGAUUGAAAAGGCAAGGAUAGAGAAGAAUCAUGGGGUCUUAGAGCUAGGAUGCGGAUGGGGAACUUUGGCCGUAGAAGUUGUGAGAAGAACUGGAUGCAAAUACACUGGCAUUACUCUAUCUAUUGAACAGCUUAAAUAUGCAGAAGCCAAAGUGAAAGAAGCUAGACUUGAGGAUCGGAUUACAUUUAAGCUUUGUGAUUAUCGCCAACUAUCUGAUGCUCAGAAAUAUGACAGAAUCAUAGCUUGCGAGAUGAUAGAAGCGGUUGGCCAUGAGUUCUAUGAAGCGUUUGUCAGCUGCUGUGAAGUUGCGCUUGCAAAAGACGGCAUUUUUGUCAUGCAGUUCACAGCUGUACCUGAAGAGCUUUACGAUGAGACCAGACUAAGUUCAGGUUUCAUAACGGAAUACAUAUUUCCAGGUGGCUGUCUUCCUUCUUUAGCCAGAGUUACUUCAGCCAUGUCCUCCUCCUCUAGGCUAUGCAUUGAAGACGUCGAGAACAUUGGGAUUCAUUACUACUAUACACUGAGAUGUUGGAGGAAGAGAUUCUUGGAGAACCAAAAACAAAUCAUGGAGCUUGGAUUCGAUGAUAAAUUCAUAAGGACAUGGGAGUAUACACAUACAAUACACAAUAUCAUUAGUGUAUUGUCUCUCAAUCUAAGUCUCUAAUAAUUAUUAUAUUAAUAUUUAAGCAUGAUUAUUGGUAAACAAUUAAAUUUAAAUGGUGGAAAAAAAAUUCUACUAUUCAGGAACUGCCAAAUGGCAGAAGAGCUUCUAAGAUUUGUACAAACAAUUUUUGAAGAAGAAGCUUGCUUCUUUUUUUUCUACAAUCUUUCUCAUCAUUUUUUUUAAAACAUUAAGUAUAUGUUAAGAAACUUUUUUUUUUUGUCACUCCGCAUGCUCUAACAUACUAUUUUAUUAGUUUUUGUUUUAAUUAUUUUUUAAAAACUCUAAAUACUACGAGUGAGAACGAUAUGUAGUCUCUUAGACACUAGUCUAAUAUGUUAGCAAAUACAAAUACAAGUAUAUAUUCAAACUCACAAAGAUUAUUAGGAUAUAGAAUAAAAUGAAAUAGCUCAUAGAACUUUAUUUAGGUGCAACGGAAGGGGACAAGGAAAAAGAGGAAGACUAAAAAACACCAAGAGCAAAAUGUUUUUUUGAUUUACAGGAUAAAAAUGGAAGGAGACAAUUCUCUAGGUUACUUCAUCCAUUGUCAUGAACCAUGGUUUUCAAAGAGAUUCAAAAUAAGUAUUGGGUUUAUUUUGUUUUUGAGAUUGAUGUUUUUGUAGAGGAUGAGUAAUGGGAAGUAUAAGAGUGCAGAGCAUAGAGCCACGAUGGAUAAAGAGAAGACUAGAAUGUCAUGGCCUGUUUUUGUGGAAUCUAGCCUUGAUCAUGAGUUUGGACCUUUGCCGGAACUGAUAACCGGCGACCAUAAUUGAUGCAGAUAAAUAUUUGGAAUAUUUUCAAAUAUUUUAUUGUUUAUUUUAUUAAUUAUAUUAAUUUAGAUAGUUAUCUUUAUUGUUUUAGGAUUUUAUGGUUUUAUUAUAUUUAGCCGUCUAGGCUUUAAAUUUGUAUAAAGUUUAUGAUUUGAUUAAUAAAAGUUAAGAGAUUUCUCUU